AGUUCGAUUGAUUUAUAAAAUGAUUAAAGCGAAAUCGAAUUAUGAGAGGAUACAAAAAUAUAGAUUUCUAUCUAAAUGUGAAAAGAGGAGAAACAAUGAAAUUUGCGAAUCCGUUGAUUUAUCAAAUCAACAUGAAGAUAAGACUUUAUUACCGUCUUGUGAAGAAACGGCAAUUAAUUGCAAAUUACCUGAUGAAUGUCGAAUGGAAGUGUCUUAUUCUGAAUCAUUUAAUAUUGAUGAAGAUUUAAUGAAAAAUAAAUCGGAAACAUUUUCUGAAUGUUUAACUGAAAAUUUUCAAAAUGCAACAGAAAAUAAUUCGGAACCGAUUGCGAUUGACGAAACUGAACUUGAUCAAUUUAUUAAUAAAAAUCCUGUUUUGAUAGACAGGAAACCAAAUUUUCGAGACAAAAUUGCAACAUGGGCAACGAAAAACAUUAAACAUAUUCCACAUGUUGCUCUUGAGGAACUUUUAAAAAUAUUACGAUCGGAAGGUCAUUGGGAACUUCCUAAAUGUGCCGAGACAUUGCUACAAACGCAACGAACAAAUGAUGUUUUACUGGACUCGGACAUGGAAGCUUCUGAAGACCAAAUUUCGAGUGAUUUAAGUACUUGGUUGUCUAAUGUGAAGGACCGAGAAGGAGGGCGAAAAGGAAGAAAUUCAUCAGUGGCGAAUCCUCAAGUGUAAUAAAGUUUGGAGAAAUGUGUUAAGUUAUUUUUUUCCAAGAACUUUUCAACCAACUUUAUUAUUAUUUUUUUAUUAUUAUUAUAUUGUACUGAAGCCAUUUUUAAUUAUUAAAAUAUAAAUACAUAACAAUUUACACGCAAAAUUUAUUUCCAAUUGACUUUUUUUUUACCGCAUGUAUCAAUAAUAAUAGAAUAAACUAUCAAUUA